AACAUUAUUAUUUUAUAAAUAGCAUACAAUAUAUCAUUUUUUAUUCACAUAAUCAAACAAGUGAGACUCCAACUCCAACUCCAACUUCACUUCAUUAUUCCACUCCAACAUGGCUUCAUCAAUCUCAAACAUACUCAUAGCAUUUCCCAAAACCCAUCAAGAAUCCAUCUUCUUAGGAUCCAAUUCCAACAACCUCAAAUCCCAACCAACACAACCACUACUAACCCUUAGAACAAAAAAAAACACCACAAAAUGCAACGCAACCCAAAUCAACACACAGCUCAAAUCACAAAACUCAAAAGCAAACAACCAACUCAUACAAAACGUAUGGCGCAAAAUCCACGGCGAAGAUAAUUGGGCCGAACUUCUCGACCCAAUGGACCCACUAAUGCGAUCCGAACUAAUCCGCUACGGAGAAAUGGCCCAAGCAUGUUAUGACGCCUUCGAUUUCGACCCAUACUCAAAAUACUGUGGCAGUUGCAAACUCAGAUCCCAAGAAUUUUUCCCAUCGUUAGAUCUUCCACACAUAGGGUACACCGUAACACGGUACCUCUACGCCACAGCGAAUGUUAACGUCCCAGAUUUUUUCAAAAGAUCACGAUGGCCAGAUAAAUACUGGAGCGAACACGCGAAUUGGAUGGGAUACGUCGCCGUUUCGAACGACGAAACAACAAAACGGUUAGGUCGUAGAGACAUCGUUAUCGCCUGGCGAGGAACCGUUACACAUGUCGAAUGGGUAGCGAAUCUUCAAAAUUUCCUUAAACCUAUUUACGAAGACAUUCCUUGUCCCGAUAAUGACGUUAGAGUAGAAGCUGGUUUUCUCGAUAUGUACACGGAUAAACAAAUUAAAGACGGUUAUUGUAAAUACUCAGCGAGGGAACAAGUUUUAGGGGAAUUAAAAAGAUUGUUAGAAAAAUACUCUAACGAAGAAGUUAGUGUUACGUUAACAGGACAUAGUUUAGGAAGCGCGAUGGCAACGUUAAGUGCGUUUGAUAUAGCGGAAACGGGAUUAAAUAUUAGGGAAAACGGAGAAAAGAUACAUGUUUCAGUGUUUUCGUUUUCGGGACCGAGGGUUGGGAACGUGAAAUUUAAAGGGAGGUUGGAGAGACAUUUAGGGAUUAAGGUUUUGAGAGUUCGUAAUAAACAUGAUUUGGUGCCGAAAUCGCCGGGGUUUUUUAUUAAUGAAACAUCGCCAGCAUGGUUGUUGAAGAUUGCGGAGGAUUUUGAUAUGCCGUGGUGUUAUACACAUGUUGGAGUGGAUUUGGAAUUGGACCAUAAGAUUUCACCUUUUUUGAAUCCUGAUGGGGAUGCUGCAUGUGCACAUAAUUUGGAGGCACACUUGCAUGUACUCGACGGAUACCAUGGGAGAAACCGUGGAUAUGAGGCAACAACUAAUAGGGACAUAGCUUUGGUGAAUAAAGCUUGUGACUUUGUGAAAGAUGAGCACUCAGUGCCACCAAGUUGGAGGCAAGAUUUGAACAGAAAUAUGGUUAAAACUGAAGAUGGAAAGUGGGUUCUUGCUCAACGCCCACAACUUGAUGACAAUUAUGAAGACAUUCAACCACAUCUCUCUCAACUAGGCCUCUCUUCAUCUACUAAAACUCUUUCAGGGACAUACCAUACCAUGUAGUCAUCUCAAAAACAUUGAUUUCAUGCUUCCAACAAAAUGAUAUGAUUUUCUCAACCUCUUUCCAUCUCUGCAUACACUUUCUAUACUUUAUUCUACUAUCUCUUCCACAUGUUGCCAAUAUGGUGAAGACCCGCUCAAUUCUCAUGUCCUUCUAUAUUCCGCUGAUUGACGAGAUUAUCUAUCUCUCUUCUCCACUUUCCAAGUUGGAACUACACAACUUCUUCUUACCAACCGUGAGGCCAAUUCUUGUGAUGACGCUCUCGCCGUACAUGGUCAUGAUAUGGAUCUUUCUUUACAUGUUUUAUAUGUUAUUCCUACUAGAUCUUGGUUUAUUGGCAAACAAUGUAAUUGUUGAAACUCAAGAUGCUUCAGAAGAAUCAGUUAGUUCCUUCUUCCUCAGCACCUGAAGAUCCUAGUAGUGGAAUUGCUUAAAUAUUCUAUUCUCACAAUGUAAAUUCGGUCAUUGGUAACUCUAAUUUCUCUAUUUGUUUCAA